GGGAAUGGGUCGCCACGCAUACCUCGAGUACCGACCAUCGCAUGAUCCCCACGAUAAGAAGCUCCACGGCCGCUUCUCACACCUCUGAAAAAGCUGAAGUAUGGGGUGAUCAGCAACUGCUAGCGUCCUAAAUCAACCUAUGAAAAGGCGGUAGUGGCCGACAUGUCUUUGAUAUGCAAGCAAGCUGGGUGUGGUGCAGUGGAAAAAGCAGCCACUGUCUGAGGUGCUCGUGGUGGCCAACAUCUCCUCCGCUAAUGCUCGCCGGUCGAGUCGGACCGUCUUUACAAGAACCUAUUGCCUUGAUCUCGAAGCAAUGUGCCAGCUGCUGCUCCAAUGCAGGUGAUCGCCCGGCACAAUACGCUGGAUUUCUUCUUCAUGGCACUGCCAUUACUGGGGAUGGGAGUGAUGGGCAUUUAAGUUCACUCCCCGGACAGGCAGUGGCGGGGCACCGGAAAGCAGCCCGGGAAGCACUCAUAUUGAGGACUCGCCCGCGUGCCUACAAAGUGUAUCUUGAUGACUCGGGUGUACAGGAGGUAUCCUGCACCGCUCGACCGGUGGUACGGAAUUUGAUCACUGGUUGGUGGGACACCGCCCGAAGCUACACGAUGCCUUCUGUGAACUCUUGUACUGGCGCUCGCCCUUCCCAGGAGCGAAAGGACCUCCCUCUACAAUGUCGGGGACGGCCGUGGGAUUCUUAGCAAUGACGACCUUCUGUCUACCAUAUUUUCAAAAUGAUCACCAGGACGCGGGCGUACUUUCGCCAAAACCCUAUUUCGCGGAUGCGCCACGCUACGAGUUCAUCUCGCAUGCAUUGCAUGACUAUGACUUGGGCUAGAGGGACGUUUGACGCGGAGGAGUGGCUGGUUGGACGGUAGUAAGACACCCGUGGAGCAGCCAUCACCUGUGCCGCGGUGAGGAGGCGGGAGGCGCGGAGUAUGGCCAGAGGCGUGCCACGAGGGGCGAACGCAGCCAUGCCUGGUGAUUCGGGCUUUCAGUGGCGUGCAGGAGGAGGCUGAUAAGGACUGAAACGCGUUGGCCAGAGCCAUGGGACUUCCCUUGCGGAAGGCAAUCCAAUCAAUCGUACUCGAGAAGGCGUGUCUUUUCUUGCUCGCAUCAGAUUCUUC